AUCUUGUUAGGACUUGGGGACUCUUUAACCAAAUAAAAAAAACGAAAGAAAGAACAAACGCUUCCUUUCGGUAUUUCUCGUUCUCUCUGUCUCCCAUGGCUUCUCCUUCUCCUCCCCGGAUUCUUCUCUCCGGCGACGUAAACGGCCGUCUAUCCGCGCUCUUCAAACGCUUCCUCUCGGUAAACAAAUCAGCUGGCCCAUUCGACGCUUUACUAUGCGUCGGACAAUUCUUCCCAGACUCAACAGAACUUCUUGAAGAAUUUAUGGAGUACAUAGAAGAGCGUCGUGAUAUUCCUAUACCCACUUACUUUAUCGGCGAUUUUGGCGUUGCGGCACCUAAAGUUCUCUCUGCUUCAGUUAAAGAUCCCGCCAAUCUAGGGUUUAAAAUGGAUGGUUUUAGGGUUUGUAAUAAUUUGUUUUGGUUGAAAGGCAGCGGCAAUUUCACUCUUUUUGGGUUGUCUGUGGCAUACUUAUCUGGUAGGCAAUCACCAAGUGGACAACAAUUUGGAACAUAUAGUCAGGAUGAUGUGGAUGCGUUGCGGGCAUUAGCUGAUGAGCCUGGAGUAGUUGAUUUGUUUCUAACUAAUGAAUGGCCUAGCGGAGUUACAAAUAGGACUUCAGCCGGUGAUAUACCACCUGGGCUAUCGGACUCCCUUGGCAGCGAUUCCACUAUAGCAGAAUUGGUAGCAGAGAUUAAGCCUCGCUAUCACAUUGCAGGUUCAAAGACUGUCUUUUAUGCUCGUGAACCAUACACUAAUAUUGAUGCUGUGCAUGUAACCCGUUUCUUUGGCCUUGCUCCCGUAGGAAAUAAAGAGAAACAGAAAUUUAUGCAUGCUAUUUCUCCAACUCCAGCAUCAACUAUGACAGUGGCAGAAAUAAGCACAAAACCUCCUAAUACGACUUUAUCUCCAUACACAAUUGUUGAUGAUACACCUAGAAAAGAGACUACCAAAAGACCAGGGGACAGUACUCUUGAUGAACAGUAUUGGCGUUAUGAUGUGAAAAAACAAAAGCAAGGCAAUGGAAAUGCAGAGAAGCUCUGUUUUAAAUAUUUGUCAUGUGGUUCAUGCCCACGAGGAGACGACUGCCGUUUUCGGCAUGAUGAAGACGCAAGAGAGCAAUAUAUGAGAGGUGUAUGUUUUGAUUUUCUUAAUAAGGGGAAAUGCGAGAGGGGUCCAGAGUGUCAAUUUAAGCAUGACUUGGUUGCAGAAGGUGAAAGUAUUGCUAACAGGAGGUCCAGAUCUCAUAUGGCAAGUACUAAUAGGUCAAAAGAAUGCUGGUUUUGUUUGUCAAGCCCCAAUGUGGAGUCCCACCUAAUCAUUAGUGUUGGAGGAAACUUAUACUGCGCAUUGGCGAAAGGCCCACUGGUUGAUGAUCACGUGCUGUUAAUACCAGUCGAGCAUUCUCCCAGCACUUUAUCUCUACCUCCAGAUUGUCAAAGAGACCUAAAUAGAUAUCAGAGCAGUCUUCGUAAGUACUGCAAAACCCAAAGGAAGGAACUCAUCUUCUUUGAAUUGAUAUCUAAACGAGGCACUCAUGCUAAUCUCCAGGCAGUACCUAUUCCACAGACCAAAGCAUCUUCUGCGAAAAGUAUAUUCAACUUAGCUGCUAAAAAGCUGGGUUUUGAUUUUGAGACAAUUAAAGGGUUGCAGGUUGAGAUGUAUGUCCUUGUUAGCUGGAGUGUCAAAUUUUAAGGUUUUUCUUCAGGACAUGCAGUAGUUUGCGGCAUGCAUAGGAGUUGAGAGUUGAGACUACUCACUGAUUACUUAAGCUCAACACGAUUGAAGUUUGAGUUGGAUGCCUAGAUAGGUUCCCUCUCAACUCAAACCUAAGCUCAAGUUGAGCUUAAAGGAGAUGACUGAUGCUCUCCUCAAUCUGACUCAAAAAGCUCAUGACCAACUCUUAGCUAUUACUCCCAUGCUCUCUCUUUUACUUCUACCAUAUAUACUUUGCACUUUUGCCAACACACAACUUUGAGCGUUAAUAUCUUUAAUUGUGUAAAAGUAAAAAUUAGAAAAAGUUGAUAAAUCUAUAUAGUGACGAAUCUAAGAAGAUCUCACAUUUAAAUGUUUUUCACUUAUAUACUAGUGGACAAAUAUGGUUGAACACUUGAACUUUGACUUUGAGGAUUUUUUUGGGGCAUAGGGGGAUAACAAUUAGAGAAGGUUGCCAACUGCUACCUUUUACAGAAGCACUUUCCUGACGUACUCUGCUCUUGUUUUGGUGCUACCAUAAGAGUGAUGGUCAUGGAGCUGGUGAGGGUACGGAGGAGAGAGAGAAAGUGGAAGUAGGGAGCCAUGAGUGAGGUUUUGGAAUGUAAUAUGAAAGUUUUACAAAUUCGACUGAUAAAGUAAAGGUGGCGCUUAGUUAGCUCUUAAUUUCAUAUAUGCAGUCAUGUGAGAAUGUUCUUUUUUUGUCUAAAGUCUAAACUCUAAAACCUGGCAAAAGGUAGUUUCAUAAAUGGGAGAGAGUCUCUAAAGGAUGUUCUUUUUAGUAAAGAAAAAAGAAAAUUGAGCAUAUAUUGAGUCACAAAGCACCCAAUAAAAAGGAAACUCCUUUAGUAAACUCACUUUGCUUUCCUCCUAAUUUGGCGGAAUAUGUAUGGAGAAAAAGCUGUUCUCCUUCCUUUUCUUCCUAUCAUCUAUGUUACUUUGACUCUACAUCUUCUCCUGAACUCAUACAUAUUUAUGUUGGACUGUUGGACACUCAUCACUCCAACAAUGGGGUUGGAAUUCUUACCCGACACAUCGGUUUUUGACCAACACCUCAAGUACCUUUAACCACAUAUGUAUGUGGAUUUAAUUUGUAAAACAACAGGAAAAGAGGAGAAAAUUAUUAUGCUCACUGAUGGGAUUAAAAUUGAAGUUUAUAUGAGAUUUAGCAAACAAAUCAAUGUUAUGUGCGAAACGUGUGCAAAAGUAUUUUAGAAUAAGGAAUAUAUAUCAUGUAUGCUGUAUCCUUGUAUCUAUGUUCAAUUUUGGGCAGAUGUCCCUGUGUCCGAAAUUUGAGCUGCCACGUGUCUGACACACAUGUUUGUGUCUAAGUAACCUAGCCUAUCAAUGGGAAAAACCAAAUAAGCUGUGAGAGAGAUGGAGUUCAUAUCAAUCAAUUCUGAGAUUGUCUGAAUGUCAAGUUGAAUCAAGUUACUGAAAUAUCUUUUGGCUUGGUCCGACCUUUCUCACCUGGGGAACAAAUGAAGAAAUUGCAGAACGGGAAACUUCCAUUGGACGAAGUCUCAAGAAGGUAGACAGUUUUGCUAGAUAAGAAUGUCUCAUGCUGGGAUCAGCAAAAAAAUAAAGCUCUAUCCUCCUGUCUUUCACUUUCCUAAAGUCCGUACGAAUGAUAAUUAAGUCUUGAGGAUAAUGAUAAGGGUUAUGCUCUUUUUUGUGGAGAUUAGAUGUUUGGUAGGAAGGAGUGGAUUGAAAAGAAACAAAUGGAAUGCAAUAAGCAUCUUUCCUGCAUUUGAUUUAAACAAUUAGAUAAAUUUUCCAACUACUACCUUUCCAACAUUCACAUCUCUGACGUACUCUACUCUUGCAUUGGUGCAUGGUAACAGUGGCGGUUGUGUGGUGUUGGUUGUGGAGGUAAUAACUUAAGGGAGGCAUGAGAGAGGUUUUGGAA